UUCUCGUUAGCGGCUGUUGCUGCGCCGGAUAAUUUCCUCGUAUUGAGAUGUGCCUCAGUUGAUGCUAACUGAUGUGAGACGUCCCCCAUCUGCUGCUGUUGACAGACGCUGCUAUGUGCUUUAGAUAAGGGCGUUGCUUAUCGCCCGAAGCGUUGACGCUGUGGACCAUCGUAUUGUGUAUGUGUGUGUGUGGAAUGGCGCCAGUCAGAACACGGCGAAUAUGACUUCAAAGUGUGCAACCCAGUGAACGUCUAUUGUGUUCUGCUCCCUUCAGUUCUUUAUUUUCCCGAAAUGUUCUCCAUGUCAUCUCGCUACUUCUUUAUCCUCACCUUCAUCCUCGCUCUAAAGAGUGGCGCCCUGAGCCUGAGCGAGCACCCCAGCGUCUGCGAGUUGCUAUGUUCCUGCAGACACAACGGAAGCAUCGUUUCCUGCUCACAACUAAGCCUUCACGAUGUCCCGCAAUCCUCGCUUUUUCCUCCUCACAUGGAAGUUCUGAACUUGAGCCGUAAUGAUAUAAGUGAGCUCAAGCCUUUGUCGUGGUCAUCCUUAAAGUCGCUAAGCCUCGAACACAACAAGAUACAUUCGCUUCGUCCCUACGGUUUUGCGAGGCUCUUCAACCUGGAAGCCCUGGACCUCAGCAAUAAUAACGUGGGAUUUCUCGACCCAGAUGCCUUGGAUGGCCUGGAGGUCCUCUCAAACUUGAGCCUGGUGAGUAACCAAUUGGCGCAGCUGCAUCAUAGGGUGUUCCACAGAGUUCCAAAUCUGAGGAGACUGUCACUACGCGGCAAUCCGUUGAAGUACGUUGAACCUGAUUGGUUCACAAACCUUGACGUCUUGGAGUACCUGGACUUACGUGACAUACAAGCGUACAGUCUACCCGACAACGCUUUCGCGCUCGCACGCAAGCUGAGUGAGUUGGACCUGUCCGACAAUGACUUCGAAGAGGUGCCGCGUGCACUGCGGAGCGCUCGUCAUUUAGAAAUUCUACGCAUAAACUCUAACCCACUGUCCGCACUUGGUGUUAAGCCUCUGGCAGCGAUGACAAGCCUGAAGGAAAUCUACGCAACUUCGAUGAUGAACUUGAUGAGCGUUGAAGACGGAACGUUCGCACGCAUGCCCUUCUUGGAAGUCCUUGACAUCAGCCACUGUCCUAAGUUAACAGCAAUACAGGCUAAUGUGUUUAGUAAUGGAAGUUUCCCACGCAAACGUUUAAAGCUGGUGAACAACAGCCUCGAGACUCUGGAGACGUCUCUGCAGUGGUGUUCGAGUGAAGUGCUUCUGUUGAGUAAUAAUCCAUGGAACUGUGACUGCAGGCUCGAAUGGAUGAGAUGCUGCUCUUCGACUUUAAAUUUAAAGUGUCAUGCGCCGACUAAUCACAAAGGAAAGACAAUCGAAGAAUUACGGCAGACUGACUUCACGUGCUCUGCGGGCCACGUUCUUGUCCUAACCCUCCACAGCUUAACGGUGACCAAGCUCUUUGUUGUUGGCUCUGCAGUUAUCCUGGUUCUCGCGAUACUUGGCGUUGGAGUCGUUUACUGGUGCCGGAGACGGUCUCGCCGCACAAAGCGUUUCGGCGCCGUUUAUUACCUGAAUCUCCAGAAGGAUGCCCGUGCUUCGUGGAAGGACAACAGCUUCAGUGUCGCCAGUAAAUCGACAGACGACACCGAACUUGUUCACACGUAGCGCCAUGUCUGACGUGCUUACAAAGCAUUUACACUGUGUUCAAGUGGACGAGUAUGUUCGUUCAGCAUUGAGAAAUAUAUUGGGCUGCAUUCAAGGCGAUGUUCAGUUUGACAGUGACGUGACUUUCCUUUUGCCUGUGCAAUUUCUGUUCUCUGUCUCACAGUUCAACUUUUGUUCUUGCAAACGAUCUUUGCGUUUGCCGCAGUAAUGCCGUGGAACUACCAGCUUUUGUGAGCUCUGCGCCUGACGAUCCUCCAAAUGUAGUCUAAUAGUGUGGUAUAGUUUCAGUGUGGUACACUGCUUACACUGCUUAAAAUGGCUGUCAAUAAAAAUACGUGGUCACAAAUGA